AUGCCACAAAGCUCACGAAUUGACGAACUAGUCGCCGAAUGGCUAAGAUAUGAUAAGGGAAGUAUUGAAAAUUUCCUAAAUCCCGAAACGAGAUCGGAGAUAGAGCAUCUCUGGGAUGACGGCGAGUGGGACGAAUUGGAGGCUAGAUUAGGCCAGCGUAUAGAAUUUGGUACAGCUGGUUUAAGAGCCAAAAUGCAGGCUGGAUAUUCCUCAAUGAAUGAUUUGAUUAUCAUACCACACCUAAGCAAACUUCCAGACGCGCAGAAGAGAGGUGUAGUAGUGGGACACGACCACAGACACAACUCUAAGAAAUGGGCUGGUCUCACCACGCGCGCCUUCCUCAGCCGCGGUUUCAAAGUCUACUCCUACAGGGGCGUAGUACACACACCACUCGUACCAUUUGGAAUAAAGAAACUCGGAGCAGUUGGUGGAGUUAUGGUUACAGCAUCACAUAACCCAGCCCAGGAUAACGGAUGGAAGGUCUACUAUGAGAAUGCAGUACAGAUUAUCCCACCAGUUGACUCUGAAAUCUCUCAAUCGAUUUUGGACAACUUGGAGCCAGAGGAUGAGGCUUGGUCUUAUGAGACUGUUCGCGAACAUCCACUUUGCGAGGAUAAGACGAACAAUAUGCGCUACGAAUAUCACAACCAUGUCGCAGCACUCUUUCCACCUGAAGAGCCUGCUGACUUGGCUAUCACUCACACCUCAUUCCAUGGUAGCGCAGAUCUCUCCAUCGCUCGUGCCUUUGCGGUUACCGGUUUACCACCGCUUAUGACUGUCAGACAACAACGGGAUCCAGACCCAGACUUCCCGACUCUGCCGUUCCCAAAUCCUGAAGAAAAGGGUGCACUUACACUCGCUAUUGAAACUGCAAACAACAACGGCAGUCAGUACAUUCUUGCUAACGACCCAGACUCAGACCGUUUCCUCGCUGCCGAAAAAGUAGAUCGCAACAAAUGGCACAUCUACACAGGAGAUGAAAUUGGUGCUAUCUUAGCAUCUUAUAUUAUUGAAGAGUAUAAGAAUAAUGGUAGAGCAAUGGACAAAAUGGCAAUGGUUGCUUCCACUGUGUCAUCCAAGAUGCUUGGUGCAAUGGCCAAAGCUGAGGGUUUCCACUUCGAAGACACUUUGACUGGUUUCAAAUACAUCGGUAACAAAGCUAUCGAAUUAGAGAAGCAAGGCUACUCAGUUGAGCUACUCUAUGAGGAAGCUAUAGGCUUUGGUGUUUCGCCAUACAUUAGGGACAAAGAUGGUAUUACAGCAGCCAUCGCUUUCGUCAGACUGGCAGCAAGAUUACAGAAGAGGAACACCUCAAUAUACGCACAACUGCAGAACCUUUACAAGAAAUACGGCCACUUUGGUACUCGUAAUGAUUACUUUAAAUGCAGCAGCAACUCACUUAAAGAUCAAGUAUUCAGAAACCUUAGAGAGAACAAGACUGAGAAUGGAUACCCUGUUCAAUUGGGAUCAUUCAAAGUCAGUAACGUACGUGACUUGACGGAAGGUCACGCGUACGAUUCUCAACAGGCAUCAAACAAGCCAAUCUUACCUGUAUCUGCUGGUAACAUGAUCACAUUCUACGGUGAUAAAGAAACUGGUGAGACGUUUGUGCUCACCAUUAGAACAUCGGGUACUGAACCAAAGAUAAAGUAUUAUUUGGAAGUUAGCAGCUCAGAUCGUUCAACUAUAGAGCCGUUGUUGAUAGAAGCAGAGAAAGCGCUCUCAGAGGACUGGGUAAAGGUCCAAGAGCUGGGACUUUAG